UUGCCAGCAGUUUACAUUAAUUAAACCUGACUUGAGGACAAGCAUACAUAGCAUUGCACAGCUUUGUCGCUUACUUCAAGGCACUUCAAGACAGGGCAUUUGCGAAAUGGCCGACCUCAAGAGCUGGAAGAUGGACUUUGAGUCAUUAAUACCCGACCGGAAGUCUCAAACGGACCCGCCCGGCUACGACGCGUCGAUUGCCAAGGACCCGAUCGGGAUGCUCAGCAGCAGCAAGGCGAAGGACAAGAACGCGUUGGCGCGGAGGCAGCAGGCGCUGUAUGCCAAGGCCACGGCGCCCAUCAAGCAAGUGGGCAUGAUGUGCUUCAUGGCCUGGAUGUUCGGCAACUCAAUUCAGAUCUUCUCCAUCUUCAUGACGUUCAACCUCAUCUCCGCGCCCGUGUCCGCAAUCAUGAGCUCCGGAGAAGUCUUUCCCCGGGACGAGGAGUGGAAGCAGCUGGACACGCUCACGCCGCGCGCGCUGUAUUGCCUGGUGAACCUUGGGCAGCUCAUAUUCGGGCUGUACAAGCUGAGUGCUAUGCGACUGCUGCCGUCCUCGCCCAGCGACUUCAUCUCCACUAUGCCGGUGCCACCUGUGCUGGAGCACGCGUACCCGGCGCUAUGAUUCGGGGCUGGGAAUGGUGCAUGCGUGUACUCGGCGCUCACAACGGUGCCUGUGGUGCGACUGUUGGGCUGCCGGCCAAGCUGGAGGCUGAGUCUCUCCCCUGCGUGAUGAGGGCUGUGAGUAUGGAGACUGCGCAGGCACGGUUUUUGCUGGAUGCGAAUGUGUGACGGAAUGCAGUCUUUGGGUGGACGUUGGCGUUUCGGGGCGGUCAGGCUGCAGGCGGUGCAUAGCAACCGAAGCCACAAUGCACUGAGUGCCGCCGCGCGGGAAGCCGGGAAUCCUUUCUGAUGUCUUGCGUACUGGACGCGAACGCCUAUAUGUGGCAAGCCAACGCGGUCUGCCGCAAGCACGCGUGUUGGGAGGGCGUUCAUGCUGCUUGGCGGAGUGUUAAGUGCACUACUGUUAGGAAAGCACAAGGGAAUUGGCGCUGUGUGUCCGAAUCUGCUUUGUAACAAUAGCUUCGA